AUGGCUUUGGUAUCUGGCCCAGGCCGGGCUGGAGGUGCCCAGCUGGACCAGGAAUUGCACAUCUUGAAGCAUGUCGCUUACAUCAAGAACCUGGACACUAGGAAAGAUGAGCUGGAGUAUUGGCUUACCGAACAUUUACGACUGAAUGGAGUCUACUGGGGUUUGACGGCCUUGCAUAUCCUUGGUCAUCCCGACGCACUGGCCCGAGAUGAAACUAUUGAAUUUGUGCUCUCUUGUCAAAAAGACAGUGGAGGAUUCGGUGCUGCCCCCGGUCACGAUGCUCAUAUGCUGUAUACUGUCUCCGCAGUCCAGAUCCUGGUCAUGAUUGAUGCAGUGGAUGAGCUGGAGAAAAGAGGCCGAGGGGGCAAGCAGAAAGUGGGCUCUUUCAUCGCGAGUUUGCAAAACCGCGAGGAUGGCUCCUUCAUGGGCGACCAAUGGGGAGAGACUGAUACUCGAUUUCUCUAUGGCGCGUUCAAUGCCCUGUCUCUCCUCGGUCUGAUGGACCUAGUCGAUGUCCCUAAAGCGGUCGCUUAUGUUCAAAGCUGCGAGAACCUGGAUGGGGCAUACGGUCUCUUUCCCGGGGCCGAGUCACACUCUGGACAAGUUUUCACUUGCAUUGGUGCUCUCUCCAUUGCCGGGCGCUUAGAUUUGGUGAACAAGGAUCGCCUAGGUGCCUGGCUUAGUGAACGCCAGAUUGACAAGGGUGGGUUCAACGGGCGUCCUGAAAAACUCCCCGAUUCUUGCUAUACAUGGUGGGUUGGAUCAAGUCUAGCGAUGAUUGAUCGCCUUCAUUGGAUUGACGGUAAGAAGCUUGCUGAAUUCGUCCUUCAAUGCCAGGUCAGUCACUCCCCGAUACCCCUUGCAUUUUGCCAUUCUGACCCGAAGCAGGAUCCCGAAGGAGGUGGCUUUGCUGAUCGACCUGGAAACAUGGUUGAUGUCUACCACACCCACUUUGGUGUGGCUGGCUUGAGCCUGCUUGGUGUUGAAGGCCUGCAGGAGAUUGACCCUGUCUAG